GGUUCCAAGCGAAUAUUUGUGAUGAGUGUCUGUGUUUUUUGUGAUUGUGAUAAGUGUUUUGGUAAGUGUUUUGUGAUGUGAUCGUUUUGGAUUACAUGAAGGAUAUAGAAUUCAGAUGGAUGUGCCGGAGAUGUCGGCGGUGCCAGUGCUGGUCGUCACCUCCGAGACCCCCACGGACUCACCAACAGUGGAGGAGGCGGCGAUCGCUUGCACCUUCGAGGCAAUGGAUACUUUGUGCAUCCCCGGCAGAUACAACCGCCAAGACUCUUACAGGAUGUUUCUGUUUUGACGAGUAUGGGAGGCCGUUUCUCAUCCUGCAGGAUGAGGAUAAGCAGGAUAGACUUACAGGAAUGGAGGCGAUUAAGUCCCAUAUCCUGGCAGCGAGGAGUGUAGCUGACAAACUCAGGACCUCUCUAGGACCUAAAGGAAUGGACAAGAUUUUGGUAACCCCGGAAGGAGAGAGUGUUGUCACCAACGACGGAGCUACAAUUCUGGAACUUAUGGACCCAGAGAAUGAGGUGGCCAAGUUGAUGGUGUCUCUAGCCAAAGCUCAGGACCGUGAGGUAGGGGACGGCACCACGGGGGUCGUCGUUCUUGCUGGGGCUCUACUUCAGGAGGCGGCGUACCUUCUGGACAAAGGUGUUCAUCCCACGAGGAUAUCUGAAGGCUACCAGAUAGCAGCGCGUGCUGCGUUGGCUCACUUAGACCAAAUUUCCUUCAGAGUCUCUGUCAGUGGAGAGGACACUGUUUGGCUGUUGAGGGCCGCCAAAACAGCCUUGAGUUCCAAAAUAGCCAGCAGAUCUCGAGACCACCUUGCCGAAAUAGUCGUUGCCGCCUUUAAAUCAACCUGUGACCUAUGGGUUUUGAAUCCCGUUUUGAACGUAAACUCCAUCGUAUUAACAGGGAAUGCUGGAGGAGUCGUUGAAGACAGUGGACUGAUAAGGGGGGUUGUCAUUAAAGGAAGAUCAGAUAUAAAAGAAACUUUGAUGGAUUUAAAGGUUGCAGUUUUUCCGGGUUCGGCCUUGCAGCUUCCUAAAGUGCACACGAGACAUCACGUAAGUGUUGAUGACAUGACGAGUUACAACGAUUUGAAAGACUUUGUCAAAGACUGGUGGGCUAAACAGGUUGUGGAGGUUGUGAAUAAAUCUGGGACCCAGUUCCUUUUGUGCUCUAACAAAAUGGAGGAAACCCUGUAUAGUUUGCUGUUGCAAAACGGAAUCCACGUCGUUGAAAAUGUGGCAGAUAUUGAAAUGGUCGCUGCGUUGGUUGGUGCCCACGUGGUCUCGAAAGCUGAAGAAUUAAGUUGUGAAAAGCUGGGUAAAAUUGACCAAGUCAGAGUUUUGGAGUCAAGAGACAAUGUAAAGUCUUUUGCUCUCGAGCAAAACGGGAGGUCAAAAAUCGUCACUAUUGAAGUUUGUGGGACAAACCAACCGAUUGUGGAGGAGGUCAAAAGGAGUCUUCAAGAUGCGAUUUGCGUCGUGCGAAACCUCAUCAAAGAUUCCGCUGUAGUCUGUGGUGGCGGUGCCGCUGAAAUAUCCUGCUCCGUCGCUCUUCAACAGCAAAGUCUCUCCUUCUCGACUCUAGAACAGUUGAUCUUCCAAGCCUUCGCAGAGGCUCUGGACUCUAUUCCGUACGCUCUCGCUGAGAAUGCGGGUCUCUACCCUCUAGAAGUCAUCUCUGAGUUGAAGGUUUGUCACAAGCCGACUCUAGGCGUUGACUGCAUGUCUACCGGAGACAACGACAUGCUCACCCAGGGAGUUGUGGAAGGUCUGCAGUCCAAGAAACAUCAGAUAGUCAUGGCCACUCAGUUGGCUGCUGUAGUGCUGAAGAUAGAUGACAUUCGAGGACCCAAGGACCAAAUCAAGAAGUAAUGUUUGUUUUAAUUAAUUUUUCAGUGUUUUUGCACAACG